CACAGAUUUAGUUCGUUACUCGUUUUCGCUUGAAGCGGACGUAUUGGUUUCGUUGAGAGUUGUGGCUUGAUUUUCGGCUCAAAGCUUUGUAUUGAAAGUUGCGACUGCAAAUCACACGAAUAGCUUGAAAAGUAAAUAAAUCAAAUUAAUUCAUUUAAGAUGAUUAAGUUUUCGGUAUUGUUUUGUGUCGCUGUUGUUGUUGCUGUUUUUCUAUCAUCAGCAAUUGCUGCCGAAGAGGAGAAACUAUCCAAAAAUGACGAAAACAUCAAAGUCUAUAAGCGUUUAAUUCCGGCGGAUGUACUCAGAGAUUUUCCUGGCAUGUGCUUUGCAUCGACGCGUUGCGCAACAGUCGAACCUGGUAAAACUUGGGACUUAACACCGUUUUGCGGCCGUUCAACUUGUGUCCAAAGUGAAGACAAUCCAGCCAAGCUUCUGGAAUUAGUAGAAGAUUGUGGACCUUUGCCAUUAACUAAUGAAAAAUGUAAAUUGGACACUGACAAAACCAACAAAACUGCUUCUUUCCCAUUUUGCUGCCCCAAAUUCACUUGUGAGCCAGGAGUUACGUUAGAAUACCCCGAAGUUCCAAAGGAUGAACCUAAAAAGGAAUGAUUUCAAAAGAGGUAGAAACUUGAAGCACUAUUUGGGCAACAACAAAUAUGUCAUAUAUGUGUAGCUACUACCUUAAGCACAAGCUCACUUUACUGAUCAUGUUUAAUAUACAACAAAAAAAAAACAAAAAUA